AUGCAUUCAGGACUAUUGAUCGUGGUACUCGCUACGGCAGUUACUGCUUCUGUAGCCCAAUAUUAUUGUAAGGAGAUUUCAUGGGGAACUAAGGAAGGACAGGCGAUUGAGGAGCAAACGGUAUAUUUAUCGGCUGCGAUCCGCAUGUGGGAAGUAGAAAUACCGAUGGUGCCUCCAUGUUCACAAGUCUAUGGGGGUUUCUUCUAUUGUGUGCGACCAUGA